AAGGGUUUUAGGAGGUUUUAAGCGGAGCUGCCUCGAAUGCUAUCUUCCAACAACAAACAGCGAUUCACACAAGCUCUUAACUCAUCGAUUUCGAUCCGAUUCCAGCUCACCGAGUUCUUCAAUGUCUUCUCCGAACCCAGAAUCCUCGGAUCCUCAAACCCCAGCACUCCCUUCAGAUCACUCAACCCAAGAGCACAAGCCAGUUGACACCGAGCCUGAUCGACCCGACGGCGAUUCCUCGAAUUCAGGAGGGAAAGAAGAAGAAGAAGAAGAAGAAGAAGAAGGAGAGUGUGGGUUUUGCUUGUUCAUGAAAUCCGGCGGCUGCAAGGAGAGCUUCGUGGCUUGGGAAAAUUGCGUGGAUGAAGCCGAGAAGAACGGCGCCGACGACAUCGCCGCCAAAUGCGUGGAAGUAACAGUUGCUUUGAAGAAAUGCAUGGAGGAUCAUCCAGGCUACUAUGAGCCGAUUUUGAGAGCCGAGAAGGCAGCUCAUGAAGAAGCCCUUAGGGAGUUGGAAAAAGAAAAGGCAGCUGUAGAAGAUUCUGAAAAACAAUUGGAGUCCGAGGAGGAUUUGAAGAACAAUUGAGGUGGCUGCUUUUUUGGGUUUUAAAUUUUAAGUGUUUUUUCGUGGUGAAUUGGCCCAUUUUGAUGGCAAAGGAUGAUACUUAUUUGGGUACUGGUUUAUUUUUUAGAGAAUGUUUAAAGAGAGGAAAGGUUGGAAAUUGACGAGAAUUGUACAAUAAUGCUGGUGAUAAGUCACUAAAGCUAACAAUUUUUGUCUAUGAAUCAUCUUUGUUUG